AUGUUCCCCCGGCGUGGUGACGCCGUUUGUACUUCGCGACGAUGUGAGCUGCGCCACCUGGCUGCGUGGGCGGAGCGCGUGAUAACACGCAGGCAAAUCGAUGUGUCUGUUGAUAGAGUUGGUGUCCGACACCCACGCCUCCAACAGCUCUCGCCCUGUCUUGUUGCCGGCUCGCGCCAAUAUCCGCGUGUUGGCGAAGUCGAACUCAUGCCCUUCCUCGAGCGUGUGAGUGGCUACUUGAAACAGUGUGUCGCCUCUCCGAACGGCCCGUUUGUGCUCAAGUAUUCGUGAGCUGAGACGUCGUCCUGUCUGGCCUGUGUAAUGGCAAGGACAGUUUUGGCACGGGAUUCGAUAGACUACGCCCGACUGUUCACCUGCGUUCAGCCGAUCCUUCAUUUUCAUGAUACUGCUACGCAUGAUGGCCGGCGGAUGAUGAGCGAUGCCCAUGCCAAGCUCUGACGCGAUGCGUUCUGUAGCGUCGGACACAUUCUUUAUGUACGGUAGGGAGUGCCAAAUUGUUGGUGUCGCUCUUUCGUUUGUCCGGCUUGGGUGUGCGCGUAUGCAGCGACUGAUAAAACUAUUUGGGUAGCCACUCUUUGUUAAUUGGUCCCGGAGAUGCCGUAGUUCUUGCGUCCUUCCUUUGGGCUCGCUAAAGUGCGUUUUUACCCGGUCAUAAAUCGCCCUCACACAGCCCCGUUUGUGUACCAAUGGGUGGUUGCUCCGCCCACGCAGCCAGGUGGCUCAGCUCACACCGUCGCAAAGUACGAACGGCAUCUCCACGCCGGGAGAACAUCGUGGACCAGGCGACACAAACCCUACCUAGCCACGGUCGUACUCCCUCUCCCCUCCCCCCCGGCAAGGAUGAACGAUAUAAAUGUUCACAAUUUGCUGCACUCGAGUAGCCUCUGAUGAUGAACUCUAGUUCGAGUUCGAAAGCUCAGGCAAAUAAACCUACUGCCCCAGUGAUCGUGCCUUCGCCUGCGCAUAUUCUCUUUCAUUCCUAAUACGGUAAAUGCUGCGCACUUUAUAUACAAUAUUUUGCUCAAAAGUUCGUGACCGCGAAGCGACUCCAAAACAAGAACUAAAAUCAAGUUUUUAUCCGGUUGCGUUUUUGAUUUAUCAGCGCUGUAAUCAUACAUAGACGUAAAUUUCUUUUUUCAGGCCUGAUUUAGAAAAAAACAACUACUGCCUUUAGGUCUUGGCGUAUGGUCUACGCCUCAGUACCACCGGAUUAACAAAACGCUUAAUGGUCCUGUCUGGUUUUACGGUUUCCUCCUGCUAUCCAGGCCUCAUCCACACUUGGGGCAAGUUGCGCCUGACUGCUUUUGCAGCCACGUGAGAGCACCCAAUUACCCGAUUUGCCGACGUUGUUUACUUGUCGAGAAAGCGGUCUUUUUUUCCUGGGACUGGACAAUUCACGCCGUAAACUAGUGCAACCAGUUGCAUAGUGUCUGAGAGGUAAAACUGGCCAGAAAUAAGUACUUCCUGUUAAGCGACUGACAAUCGUUAUUUAACCAGAAGCCAGUGAAGAGAACGGAUCCAGAUUGCGUUUUAGGCAAAUGCAGGUGGUCGUCCUGUCGAAGACAGCGAGUAUUCUGAGAUGUAGUUCCAAGCGUAAAGAGUUACUCAGGUGCAGUUGAAAAAAGAAAUAUUUGCCAGCAUGUUGUCUGGAUAUUUUAGUUACAACUGGACGCGAAAUUUUGGAUUAGUCCGUUUUCCGGCUGUCUGAAAAACCCAAAGCCUUGUAAAGAGUUACUAUAUGACUAGUUGAAUUUUUUACAUGAAAUUUUGUCAUCAUUGCGGACUAUAAGUAAUAUGCAUAAACGCAGAAAUGCGAUGCUGUGUGCAUAGAAACUUUCUCAGUAGACAUUGCUGUUCUCUAUCAGUAGAGGUUGAUCUCCGUUAUGUUGCUGUAUGAAUUUAUUACGUACUUUCCUGGGGAUUUACGCGGAAUGGUUCUGCCAAAAGUCCAGGCUAAUGCAGGGCUAUCCGUCACCCUUCAGAGCCUAAAGGUUUGGAAGCGUGUGAUAUGCCAGGAUCGGCAAGCCACGGCCCUCGCACUCUGGUAUGCGCUGGCAGGUCUCCGAAGCCUGGUUCCGUGGCGGUAGAUACGCUCGCGUUUCCGCUGGGUGUGCAGGUCGUGAGCGUGGCUGCCCACUCAUCCUCGUCCUUCUGACCCCUGUUGUGGUUUUGUUAUUGCUAGUUCAACUCCUGGUCAUUUGCUGUGUGGGCUAGGGGGUGUGGGGCGGAUCGCCAGGGAACGGGCUCGACCAUGCCAUCGACCUGCGCUCUCCCCGCCUCCGGUUUACUUGACUCUGCCUUGGGAUUGAGCCUACGUGGGCAGUUGGGAAGAGAGAGUGCCGUAGAUNGAGCUGGGGAGCCAGUCUCGGAAAGUUACGCAUUAAAUUUUUUUUGUUUCCAAAGAACCUUUCUCAUUUUUUAAUUACAUUUCUUUGGGACGCCCGUUUUCUGUAUGCAUAUGUAUACAAUUUUACUUCAACAAAAUCGAACACUCUUAAACGAAUUAAGAAAUAUACGGGUAAGUUAAGGUGUGCAUAUCAUGUUUUUUGUAAAUUAAGUCACAAGAUAUUCGUUUUCGCAAAGUAAGAUUUGGACCUGGUUUCCUAAAAAGCCUAUAUAAAUCUUCUUCCUUUAAAUCUUAUUAGAGAAUUCACACAACCGCAGAAGUAACCUUUUAAAACAGACGCACAGCUCUUCAAUCGACGAUGUAUGAUGCAGUCAAGUUUGUACCUUAGAUCACUCACCUGAGGUAUGGUUAGUUGCUUUCAAAGUGGCGUCUAUAAUUGCUAUCGUUUUUUACAACUGAAAUCAUUACAAAUAACCGAUCCUAAAUUAGUUGGCUCAAAGAGUGUAUGCUAAGUAAUUUUGGUAAAUUUAACAGUUCUCUUGUCAAAGGCCAAAGGUAGUCUGCGCUUUAAACAUCCAGCGCGUACCUGCGGAUGCGUCCAAUGCCGUUUCAGUUUCAGGUUAUUUGAGGCGAACAUAGGUAUUGAGACCCUGAACUCCAUAUUUGUUGCAAGGAAGCGAAUUGUUAACAGUGCGUGCAGUCAAUUUACUCAUCGAUGACUUUUUACUGUAAUGUGCUCUCAAGAUGAAUAGCUCAUAUGCCACAAAUUGUCAAAAAUAUCAGGGAAUUUAAACAUCCCGUCAGUUACACUGUAGAAGAUUGUCAGCCGGAAAAAGUCCAGAACACUUUUUGUUAAAAAGGAAGAUGCGUUAUGCGUGUUGCUACCGGGACGCGCACAACCUUAGUUUUUCUAUUCUCCAAAUACCAGCUUAACUUCAUCCCAGGAGCAGAACAGCUAAUUCCGAACGGGGGGGGGUUUACGUUCGUCUAAGGAGUAGCACAGUACGUAAAUUAAAAACAACAUUUCCAGUCUACCAGAAGGCGUUUACUAUCAGGCAGAUGGGCCUGAAUGAUUUAUUAUGUCGCGUAGCUUUCCGCCUUUCCAUUUGGACAAAUUUGGACGGAAGGCGGGCGUGAGCUCUGUGAGUAACGGACGGGUCAACAAGACCGAUUGGAUUCAUUUUUUUAUUUUUAUUAGAUGACAGCUUUGUUAUUAUUAAGACUGGAUGCGACAAGGACAGAGGUCAGGGAGCGCAGAGGUUGUAAGCGAAUAAUUACUUCUUGAUACAAAUUCACGCCACCCCCAACAACGGGUGGCUAUCGGUGAAGAAAAAUUCGUGGGGUCGUCGGACCUGUGAGGCGUCGGCAAGCGAUUGGUAGAUAAACGGCCUGGACACUUGAAUGAAACAUUAUUCUUAACUUGCUGUUAAGCCAAUUUUUGAAUUAGUACUCAUGCGUGAAAAUGCGGUUUGAAAAAACGUCAUAAAGCAUAGCAUCAUAGUUAGAGUUUAGGAUUAAUCAUGAUCUGUCGGUUAUGAUUCCUACAAAAGUAUAACGAUCCCGCCUGUCAUCCACAUCGGCCACGGGUGAAGUAAAAUCUUCCCAGUGACUUUAACUACAUUAGUUGAAUUAUAUGAAACGAAUAAUGAUUUUUGCCUCAAAAUUACUCGGGAAUCGAAAACAUUUGAAAACCUAAUAAUAACCUUCCUUGGAGUAUAAAAUUGGACGAAAACGUAAAUGUCUAUCAAAUGAGCGGAAGAAGGAAUAUUUCUAUGCGUGCUUUGUAUGCAAGAUAUUAAGACUCUAAGAGGCACCGAAAAUCAAUGGAAAAAUACACGCUGCUUAAGUAGUCAUUUUUGACGUAGUAUAGUUUUUGCAUGCAGCCGAAAGGACGUUUUUUCGAUUGCCGACAUCCCUUAGUAACUGAAUUAUUAUAGAUUUAUACUGCACACUGAUUAGUUUUUACACCCCUAUAAUAUAAUUUUUUUCGAAACGAAAACGCAGUUUAAAAUGUCGGCUGGCAUUUCAUGAGUUAGCCCACCAACUGUAAUUAUUGCCUCGUUGUAGCCAAACUGUCUCAGUCAAAGCUCCUGGCUUUUUCAGUAAAUCGCCAAGUGCUUUGCAUCAUACGGUGGGCGACUGAACAACCUGCAAUAACUACAACGAUUCUUGCUCAGAAAAUGCGAUUAACGGACAAAUCGUUCAUAUUAUUCAAUAUUUUUUCCAGACAGACAUUGGUCACGCAAAACAUUUGAGUAAUACGUGUGUAGAACAAUACUUUCCCCCCAUGACUUAUAUUACCAAAGGAAUAUACUCGACUAUUAAUUAAGCUGACUGAUAACUGCCAAACACCUUAGAUUUCUGCUUCUCCGUAUGCAAUCGUUUAGGCCUAUAUGUGCCGAAAACAUUUUUGCAUAAUUUCUUGUACCUUUUCUUUCAACGAGUCCCAAACAUUUUUAAUUACAGGGCGGCCUUUCCGCUUUUGGGAUAUCUGGCAAAAUCGUGUAGUGUCACAAAUUUGCCAGUCAUUUAAUUUGCGGAAAAAUAAGAACAGUCGCUGUUUAUUCCGUGGGCCUUGACUGAACUGUCUAAAAUAAGGCAUUUUUAGGUUAAGACUUUCAGAAUAAUUUUCAGGAAAAGACGUCAGUCAAAAGCAAUAGUCACGACUAUUUGCGGGUUUACAGACUAAUUGAUCCCACAGUGAGGCUUUGCAGCGUUAGGUAACGUGUCCCUUUUUGUAUUAAUAAAAUUCUGUAAAAACUAAAGGGCAGGACUUCAGUAGUGAAGGAAUUAUAAAAAAAUACUUGGAGAGUCUUCAGGUGACGUGGGGUUAGGAAAGCGAAGAGGAGGGGCGGAGAAGGAGGAAGGGAAUGAGGAAGAGGGGGAUGAGGGGAAGAAGAAGGACGAUGCGGAGGGAAGUGAAUUGCGUGAACGCGUGUCCCAGGCGUCACUGUUGCCUCUGGCGGACGUAAACUGGACCUUGGCAACUGCACAGUUUGGAGGCAUUUACUUAAUGCUACGAGGACGGGAUUCUCCAUCCUUUUUUUGAGGUGACUACUGCUUUUGCGCUUUGAAACCCCACAGAAUACUCGGAGGCUUUUUUGGCGUUUUUCCGAUGUCCAGAGGAGACGUUUGCGUCUAAGGAAUAAUUGCUAAAAUGAGUCGUCUGACUUUCAUAAAAAUUGAACGCACUUUCAUGCCGAAAAUCUCUGACGGUGGCAGUGUGGAAGCGUGUAAACUGGUUCUUACUUGACCUAAGUAUCCGUCAGAAAUAGGUGAUUAAUACUUUUGUUGUUGGUCACAAUUUGUUUCCGAUCUGUGGAUGAAUAGACUUCACAUGUCAGUGAUAUAUAGUAUGGCAGCAACAGCGAUCGAUUUUUGGCCCAGUUUAAGCCCACCUGUUUGCAUUAGAUAUGCAUGCAACUUGCCGGACCUACACUUUGUUAAUCGAGCUCUUGACUUUCAUAUUGCUGCAGUUCGAUGAGCACGAUAUUGAUCAGUGUUACGGGAACUUUCUUCUUCGCGAGUUAAAACUCGCCGGCUGGCCAAACAACUUUUUUAUAUGCAAGAGGACACACUGCAGGCAAUUUUGUUCAAAAAUUGAAAGACGGGAUUUAUUUGCACAAAAUGUGAAGCCGACGUUUAAAUCCUACGUAGAAUACACAUAUAACAAAGGGAUGCAAGUUAAACAAAUAGUAUGCUACUUUGUCCAUUUGGCAUUAAAUAGCAAUACAGCACUAGACCCGCCAGAAACAAUGAGUGCGAAUGGUUGCAAUUCGCACAAUAUUUUCUACGCUGGGCAGUUACACGAUUUUAUUAAUAAUUUUUUAAGGAAGCCAUGCUUCUUAGUCAUGUGUGUACCGAUGCCCUGUACUUGCGGCCCCAACUUUGAGAGUAAUCUUUGAGUGAAUUCGCCUACCGUAUGUGACUUCUGACAGGUAAUAGUAGUUUUAAUGUUAAUAUCGAUGGUGGAGCCCAUGAACUCACACCAACUUUCACUCUCCUGGUCAAUCUUCUGAUGGUAUUUGCGAAGCCCGAUUGACAGUCCUGAAGCAGCAAUCGGAUCAUUCGUCUGCCCUGCUUGAAUACUGCGCGUCUCGCCGGCUCUGUGUCAACCGGAGUUUUCUAUAAAACACACUUCGACAACACAUGUUAUUUUGAGACACCUCUGCAGAUAGCGAAGCUGCUCAUAUGUAGACGGCUUUCUCAUGCACUAUGCCAGCUACUCGGAAGAAAUUUCAGGUCAACAAUGGUGCGUUAUAAUAACUGCCUUCGUGACAUUUAUGUUCAACUUUCCCAUCGUGCCUUCGUUAAGCGACUGACGUUUACUUGCGUUAUGAUGACGCCUUUAAUUUUGACUUCGUUGUAACCAGACUGUCUCAGUCAAGGAUCCAGUCUUAUUCGGUAAAUCGCAGUGUUUUGCAGCUUUAAGGUACUAGAUCCGCCGUAAACAGUAAGUGCGGAUGGUUGCAAUCCGCGCAGUAUUUUCUACGAUGGUCAGUCAAACGUUUUGAUUUAUAAUUGCUAGAAAGCCUUGCUUCACAGUCUUGUGUGUACCGAUGUCCUAUACUUGCGGUCCCAAGGCUGAGAGUAAUCUAUGAGUGAAUUCGCCUACCGUGCGUGACUUUUUUCAUGGAUUGCUGGUUUUAAUGUUAAUAACCAUGGUAGAUCCAAAAACAGGUAGAAAUAGAGUUCAUCGUUACGGACUGACGCAAUGGACAGCUUACAGUCGGCCUGAAGUUGAAUUCAACCCAGUGUCGAAAGUUCGCUCUGAAGGUCAGAGGAUCUACACAUCAGGAACGACCGUCUAGUUGGCGCAUCCUUUGUUUUUUCGUUUCUGUUAACAAUAAUUCUAAGUCUUACAAUAAAAUUUAAGUGUCAGGUUAGAAGACUCGUAAUUCGGCGUGCAAUCCGUGCUACGUUUGCGAUAGAAGCAAAUUCUCUGGUGAAAAUUGAAGUGGAUUGUUCAGUUUUAGGAAAGGAUCUGCCAAACAGUAACUGGCAAACGUCACUGUAAUCGAAUCCAUGCGAAAUAGCCUGUUGAUUCUGUAAUAGAAGCGAAGCGUUGAGUGACAAGAAGUAGUCGUAUAAAAGCAGACAUGAUCGCCAUAACAAGAGCUGUAUAAGCCUGACGUAUCGUAUUUUUACUGAAAUCCAUCAACAGAGACAGCGUCGGAGAAGGUUAAUGGAUUGCCUAGGUGUCUCAGUAUGUAUAGGAUGUUUGUGCUAGGCCGAGUGCAUCACUAUUCGACUGACCAAGUGUUGAAGUAUACAGCUGUCAUGCGAUUGUUUUGCGUUUUUCUGCUCAAAUGUUUAUCGCAUACAUUCGAGUUGUUGACUGCCGUAUUUGGCCAUCCGAACGAACUCUUAGGCAAUUUAAAUCUUUGAAAUUGACAGCAGAAACAGGCCUUCCUCGUGGCAAACUAUUAUGCCGAGGCAAAGUCUCGGUACCGAAUAUGUAGAGGGGAGGUCAAUGCGCUUGUUUAUUGAUCGAGAACCAGAAAAUCAUGAAUCGAGCAGUCCGCGGCUCACGCGGCUGUCGCCAAUAGCAAGAACUUCUGCUCCGUCAAACUUGAAUUUGUGGUAAGUUACCGUCGAGUGGGCCUGAACUUGGGACUUGGCGUGCCUCCUCCUCAUUGCCGCUGCGUGCUCAGCCAUCCGGGUCCAGAUUUAAGUGCUCCAGCGACUGUGUAUCAUUCUUCGCAUCAAACACCUUGUAACAUGAAACAGUAGAAUUUGCCUUCCCUAAAGUUGGUUUAGGUAAAUUUACCCCUUCGACAAUGCAAACCUUGGCAAAAGCGUUUGAGGGUUGAUCAGGUACACUGUCUCACCAUAGCACUUAUCAAACUGUUGGUCGCAAUACCGCCAAUGUCUAAGCCACUGUUUUUUAGGGACAAUUCCUUCAUGCGAUAGGGCAUUUUAGCCCCACUGUGAUCACUAUACAGUGUGCUGCAUUCGGCACUACAUUCGCGAGGCGAGAAGGAGUCACUGUUGACUUCCAGGGGCUUGAAAAUUCAGGUAGUCAAGAUGUGCGUGCGCCAGUGACUGUGUGCAUGUCAGCAUAAGUGCCUACGACAGAGGCAGAACCGUGGCACCACACGCUGUUUACUGUUUUCUAGCAUCAAAUCCUAUCUCCCGAAUGGCAUUUCAACCGAUAAUGCCAGGCAAGUGGCCUACCUGGGCAAGGUCACGCUUAGACUUGUUUACAGAACUCAUUAAUCUUCUCGGAUUGGUCAGUUGGAGAGGGCGGUGAGCACUUGUUGCCUAAUCAACAAGGUGCGCCCAAGACCUAAUUAAAAAAACGCCGCCUUAAUUUUUAAAUCCUUGCACGCUCUCUUUCUAGUUUAGGAAUUAGACAGAGACCUUUCUGCUUGAACACAAGGCCUCUUCGCACGCACUAACCCGAGUCGUUGAAACAUUCAUGCCCACUAUUUUCGUGAAGUAAAGAGUUCUGAUUUGAUAAUCUGAAAGACUGAAGUUAUUCACCGAAAGAGUCUGUGGGCCCGCUGAUUUUCAUUGUAAAUUUUAAGUCUGUUAAACCGUUCAAAGCACUAGCGGUAAGAAAAAUUUAUUUCGAAUAGUAUCUGCAGUUUCUCGGAGCGCACUGUGACGUCUAAGUGAAUUAGAUAACUUGCUGCUAGAGGUCAGUCAACUUUUGCUUUAUAAGGUCGCAUAAUCCGCGGUCAGUAAAUGACAAAGCUCGUGAGACCUCGAUAUCCUUCUAAGUGUGUUGACGAAUAUGUUACUUUGAAAGUUUAAAAUGCCUACAGAAACGUAAACGAUCGUACUAUGAGUACACAGGGGUGGAUAGGAAUGCCAUCAAUGAACCGAGCGCCCACAGCUAUAUGCAGUAACAGAGGUCGUAAUAGAUGAACAUCCGACAAACAGUAUUGUUGAGGACACAAACCUGGUGAAGAAGGCGACACGAUCGCUGGGACAAGAGUUUUACCUACCCGACGUUUCGGAUUCCUGCUGAAGGCCAUCAUCAGAGACAAUAGCAGAUACGGGUGCUGCAUGCACAAAGACCUGCAGUAUUUGGAGGAUGCAGCCGCCAUGCUACCGCAUACAGAUGAAUGUUCACCGCUCCCGCCCUUAAUCAGGGAUUGUUGCACUUGGUGUGCUGACUGUUCGAUGGUCGACAUUCGCGUCGUUAAUUGCUGCAACUUCAUCACGUGUGUUGGAGGUUGGUGUAAUGAUUGCUCGACCAUCUGACCCAUUGAUCCUGGCUUUGGGAACAGUGAGCGCUUUCCGCGUGACUAAUUACUCCGCCUAGGCGAAGUCUCAGCACCGAGCAUGAAGGCGUUUAGUGCAAAAUCAACCAGAAUUUCGAAUGAACGGCCGAAUUACUUGGCCUUGAGCUGAUCAAAGUUUUUCUUCUUUAGCUGUCUUGGCACUCUGACUGUCGUUUGUGAAUGUUGGUGGUCUCCUUUGACGUCAAGCGCCUCGCGCACUGCAAUGCGUCGUUGUUAUAAUUUGUCCUCAUAUGCUGAGUUAGGUUGAUUGUGCACUCUCGCGACAGAAACUGGAACCUGUUCGGAGGAAGGCGAAAUAUCCCUUAAAGGAAAAGGAACUAAAUUAUCUUUGACGGAAUACGCCGACCACGAUCGCAGGAAGUGUGUCGGAAAUGUAUAACAGUCUUGUAUGUCUCGCCUAAUCCACCGUCCGCAUCCGGUGUGGAGCCGGAGUCGAGCUACAGAUGGCACCUCUAGAUGCAUCACACUCACAUGAGACAGCUUCCCAAUUCGUUACUAGAUAAUAUCUUACUCAUGGGAUUCUGUAGGGUGUCAGAUGGUUAUGAGGACGUGGUCAUGACAGAGAGUUACGGCGACAUAGAUGGAGUGUCCAGUCAUUUUAGCAGCCCGUACUGCUUUCAUGGGCAAUUUUUACGUUCGCCAUAUGAAACCGCAACCGCUGCAUCAAACGCUAUUACUUCUACAUCCCCUGUUCCUCUUCUUCUUCUUCUUCUUCUUCUUCUUCUACUCCCUCCUCCUGUUUCCCGUCCUUCCCUUCCUCCUGCACAUUUCCCUAUUUUUUUCUUUUCUCUUCCUGUUUUCCAGUUCCUGUCUUCCUCCCAUUCCUCCUCACCGUUCAAAUGACCCCGCUUUUUCUUCUUCUUCUUCUUCUUCUUCUUCUUCUUCUUCUUCUUAUUCGUCUUCUGCUUUUUAUUUUUCUUUUUCGUCGUCGUCGUCGUCUUUUUCUUCUUUUUUUUUUUCUUCUUCUUCUUCUUCUCCUUCUGCUUAUUCUUCUUCCUAUUUCUCCUCAUGUUGAAUUCUCCUCAGACUUGCACAUUAAAUUCCCUAUUUUAGAAACCUGGUCUCCAAGAUUUAACCUCUGUGUUUAUCUGAAGACAAAUUAUGGGGAACAGUGGCAUUGGAAAUUGUGGGAUCCUACUGCUUUUAAAUGUCCGUUCAUUACCGACGUCUUACAUGUAAAUUUUAUGAAGUCCACAAAUUAAAAAAUUGGGGUUGUAUGUAAAUGUGAAGAGUGACACGGCUACUACUUUGGAGCUUCAUCAAUUGUCGAAAGACAUUUCAAAAUUUCUACGCCGAAAAUUCUCUAUUUUUGGCAGUUUAGCCAACAGCCCACGAAGAAAAUUACGAUUAUUCUGAAUAUUCUUUCGUAGCAACCAAAUUCUUCAAAAUAUUCGUAACCAUCAAGGUUAGCCUAUAAGUAAUAAUGUUUGGAACGUCAUGAAUCACCACGCAGAACUAAUUAUGCGUCCACGGCGCAUACAGGACAGUAGAGAUGUCAGGCGGCGUAACAUGAAAUUAAUGGGUUGGACAUUUAACUGCCGGCCUAAUUAAUAUUGGAUAAUUUUGCAUCCCAAAAAUUCUUGUUUUACAUACCCAUUAAUCAAAUGUAUUGCGUGCCUGAUCUUUCUUUUGGAGAAUAUGAAAAAUAAAUGUGUAGGAUUUAUCUAUUUAUAUCAAUUUUCGAGCAGAAAUGUUGGCGUUUUAAAAGUCGCUCGGUCUCUCAUGGUAUGCUGACAAUCACUUAACGAUUAACCGAAUAAGGCAAGAACCUUGACUGAGAGAGUUUGACUACAAAGAAGCGUCAAUUAAAUAGACACUUUGAUACAAAACAUACAGGCCAAAGUAAAUUAGAUCAGGCACCCUGAAAAAAGGAAAUCUGGAUGGCGGAGAAAGCACGGUAAGUAGUAAUCAUAACGCGCCAUAUUUGACCGUAAAUAGCUUCCGAGUAACAGGCUUAGAGAAGGAGCAUACAUUGUGGCUAAUUUUGCAGAAAUACGGGAUUUUAAGAUGUCGAACGCAUUCAUCUGAUGACCACGAUCUUAUUCGCGGGUGUUGAAGUAAGCAGAAUACAGUGAGAACUACGAGUAUUCUUAUAGUCCGACCUGAUAUGCUGCAGAAUUCAAAUGUUGCGACAAUCGAAUUGGGACAUAUAGAUGCCCCGCAGUUAUUAACAUUCGAGCGAGUUUCCACCCCGUCCGAUGUUCUAGCUAACAGUGCGAGUCUAUCCUGGAGGUUGAGCAAAAAUCUGUAUGGGAUGUCAUUGUCACUCUUGAUAAUAAUUCAUCUCUUAUUGAUCAUCUCUGAAAAACUCGGCAUCUCGGUGAUUUUUGAACCCACGACAGCGAGGAGGUGCAUUAGUACAGUCAAUGCUCUAGCCAACUGAUCUGAGAUGCCUCUUGGUCUCCUGAUUUGAGGGACGAGUUUAUCCUGCAGUUUAUAAAAGGAACUGUAUGGCUUCUGAUGUUGAUUGCUUUAAAAAUUGCUAAGACUGUAAAACUUGCAAAUUGUAUGUUGCGGAAGAUCAUCGCUAGGGGCUAACCAGAGUAGACAUUCUUGCAUCUGCCGCAGGUAGUAAUGCGAGAUUAUGUACAGUUCAGGACAUCCCCUAGACCGGCUUUUUUAAGAUCAGUCUCGUAUGUACGACAUAGCAGUUUAUUGAAGAGUUGAAGAGUUGAACAAUGAAUACGUUUAUUAGGCCAUUUUUAUACUUAAUGUGAUUAUCCUAUUCCUGCAAUCGGCUUACUUUAGUUUUUCAUUUUAGGAAGAUGACAAUUAGCCUGGCUUUGGUGUGGUUGAUAGGCAGAGGUCUAAUACUUUAUAACAUAAGUUCUGUGAAUUCAUUUCCAUAUUUAACUUUAGACCAAGAAUUGUUAUUUACCAAAUUUGCACACAUUUUCCGUUGUUAUAGCUAAAGAAAUUUGCUGAAUAAAUGACUUAUAUUACUCACUCAGUAAUAUUGUUCAACCGUCAAAUAUACCUGUCCCGCGCUUUUGUAGAAUGGUCGGUUUCCUUCCAAAGCAAUCAAGCAUAUUUUUUACGGCUGGGGAUAUAUGAUUGUCUGUAAUAUUCGAAAGCCCUUGUGACCGUUACACGCAUUCACAUUGUGAAUUUGAUCACAAUUCUGUCUAUCCGGCAUGGAUGGGGUACUGUUUGCGUCGUCCAUGACUGUGAUAUCAUCAUGAAACCAGGUAAACUAAUUCGGAAAACGAGAAUGAUUAAAAGUUGUUCAAUCAUUCGACUAAAUUCUGAAGUCGAGCCAUCCAUAAUGCCCGGUUAAAAUUCCCGUGCCUAGCUAAUAACAUUUUUAAACAUUCCAAGGGUUUUAAAUAAAACGUCGAAUAGGUAAGUGAUUGAUGUAUCUGUCAAUGAUCCUAAAUUCACACAAAUGCUAUAAACUCGCAGGGAUUGGCUAAAACCGAUGUCAUUAACUGUUCGGUAAAUAGAUAAAUAUCUUUUAAUGGAAUAGGAGCCCAGUUAUGCGGAACGGAAUAUACGCCGACCACGAUCCCAGAAAAAGUGUCGGAAAUGUAUAACGGUCUUUUAUGGAGUAGGACGAAGUCACUGACUGGCCGGUCACGUGGGUUGUUGUACUCGAACUCGGUGACAUACACACACCUCUUUCUCCGCCAACAAUGCGUCCUUUCCUUUCUCCGUCGGUGUGAUUGCCGAAGUCGGCGUUUGAGUGACAUUGCUCCGUGACGUUAUUCCCGUCUUGAACUCUCUGUCUUCCAGCGCAUAGGUCAUGCGUGGGCCUGUUAAUUCUGCCACAGUCCAUCAACAGACAGAAGACCGACAAAUUCGAAGGACGAUUUCGCCUGCUUCGGGCUCCAUUGUGUCGGGUGGGGGGCGGAGGUGGAUUUUCCAGUGUACCGACUGACAGCAAGAGUUUCGCACGGUGUACUGCGACUCCUCUCUACAUCGGGUAGCGGUAAUUCAUGUCGUUUUGAUAAUUUUCCAUCAUAAGCUGACUUAGGUUAAUCGUGCACCGUCACGACAGAAACUGAAACCCGCAUAAUCUGUUUGGUUAAACACAUUGCAGUACCAUGAGGAGAUGAGGCAUUCACCGAGGGAGGUUUACAGGAGGCCUGACGUUUUAAGUAGUUAAUUCGCCCACUCAUCUUCAGAGACUAGAAGAUCCUGCUCACAGCUCUCAUCAUAUGGCGCACAGCUGUCUUCGUGGCUGCAUUCGACCCGCAUUUCGUCGUUACCGGGAUCACUCCCGGCCUCGUUGACUGCGCAGACGAUCUGCGGCGUUACCGUAGUAUGUCAGGAAGCUUCGUAUGCCUCUUAAUUCUGCCACAAUCCAUCAAAAUACCAACAAAGUCCAAAGACAGUUUCGCCUGCCUCAAUCUUCAUUGUGUCUAGUUGGACCAGUAUGUGCGGUGUAAAUAGCAGAACAGGGGCAUGCGAAAUGAACUAAAUAACGUCAAGCGCUUCGCGCAAAGAGGUGUUCACUGGUGUUCGAAUAGUUUAUUCACGCACCCAUCAUCUGAGACUAGGAAGUCAUUCUCACAGCUCUCAUUAUAUGUGUUUUUAUGUUUAGCGCGCCACAGCCGUCUUUGUGGCGGCAUUCGGCCCGGAGAUCGCCGUGAACUGGAUCACUAGCGGCCUCGUUGACUGCGGAGACAAUCCGCGGCGUUACUGUCCCGAAUGAAGAGGCGACAGACUGUCUCUCCAUUCAAAUGUGAGCAGUCGUCUCUCACACUCUCUCUCUAUCUCAAAACCCCUUGGAAACGGAAGGUAGAGGUGAAUAAGGGAAUUAGGAAAUGACUCAUGCGGCGAAUAUUCCAUUUUGGAAUUGCGAAAAUUGCCAGACGAUAAUUAGAACAUGCAAAUAUCGUGUAAAGCAUCUGUGCCACCGAAUUCAAAGUACGGAUUUCUACUAAUUUUUGACUGAAAAUGUAUAUUUCAUGCACUCACAAAAGGCUUUAUUCCAUAAUUCAUUUGGGUCCCAAUUUAUGAGGCUUAGUUUUGCCAAAUAUGCCGCCACAUAAAGAAGUAUUCAGGAGAUAAACGAUGGAGAAUGCACAAUUAACACCCACCGGCUCUAUUAUGGGAUGUCAUGAAUUAGGCACUUAGUCCUACCCUAUAGUAAUCUCGAAUUGAUCAAGUCAUCAACCGUAGCACAUUUGCUCUUACGCGAAGAAGUACAUUCCCCUAUAAAAAUUGCUGGCUGGAAAGGCGUGAGACCACUGUGAUUAAUUCAUUUUAAACAUAUUAACGCAACAGAUUGCUGCUUGCAAAUGUACAUCAAUCUGAGUCAGGAGGAAAUUGCCAAACCUAGGCUCAGAAGAUGGUUUCAAAAUUGAGCUUCUGCCCUUGGGCAGAUUGGUAAGAUAUCCGAACUUACACGCUGGCCAUUCAACUUCGACCUGGACACGAUCGAUAGCAGCCAGCCGUUCAAACGCGGCACACUCAGCACAGCAGACAAUAGCGCGAAUGUCUGGGCUCUAUGCACAUCUGCUGAUGGCGCCUUUUAUCGUGAUUAUAGUUUGCGGUUUUUUAUGCAACCCAUUAAUCGAAUCACUUAUGCAUUUCAUAUCCUGCCUUAAACGCGGUAAGUACUUUACACUUUUAUGCUUUUCAUGUUUCCCACGCAAUUUGCCAAUCUUUAGAUCUGAGAUUCUUAUGAGCAGAUCCAUUGCGUGUGGAAAUAUUAGUCAUUUAACAGACUGCAUGUUCCUCUUCCAUUGUAGGCAUCAAUUUCACACUAGUUACAUUGUUUGUUUUACGUUCAACGUUGAUCUGUUUAUUGCUGAUACACAAUUUAUUCUUCAAAUUAUACAAUCAUAUUUGCGUAUCAAAGAAACACAAUGAAAUACAGGACGGAUUUUCGACAUGGAAUCCUCACACGCACGACCACAAGAGAAGGUAAGUAAACACUGUUCAUAGCUCGCCAGCGGUAUUUAUCGUUUUUUGAAGGAAGUGCUGGGGAAAUAUUGAGUCUGUUCGGAAAUGAUUUCUUUAUUUCAGCUGCGACGUUUGUCCGACAGAAAAUUGUCCAGUCGUCGAAGACAUUAAAACGACAGGCACAAAUGUUGGUUCCGUCGGCCGUGAAGUGAAGAUUUCAAGAGAUACUGAGAGAGAGGUUGAAUCCGGCUCACAUGGACAGAUCGACGCCCAGCAGUCAAAACGCAGUGAGUGUGCCUAUCUCCUGCAGUCAGCAUUAAAUCUUCCACGCAGUACUUGCACACAUUGAAUAAUGGUUUUCCUCUGAAUUAGGACACAAUGUGAAACAAACAAGAAAAUAUACUUCCACACUCUAUACUAUUCAGGAAGUUUCAAAAGAGCAGGAGGAAGAAGAAGAGCAGAAGUAUUUUGAGAAUGAGGAUGUUGAGGAAGAAGAAUAUGAAGAAGACCAGGAUGAAGCUGAAAAGAUGCCACAUGACGGACUCAGCGAUGAAACCAAGGAGGAGAAAGGAAAGGCAGAGGAAGUGGGGAAGAAGGAGGAGUUGGAGAAGAGAGAGCGUGAGGUGGCGGAUAGCGAGGAGCAGGGGGAAGUAGGGCGGAUGGUGGUGGAGAAAAAAGAUGGAGUUGAAUUAGAAAAAAUGGAAGAUACGAGACAAAAUGUUGACGAGAAGGUAAAAAGGGACGAGGAGGCGAAUGAGAUGACGAAGUCGAAGCAGGAUGCGAUGCACUACUGUCAACUGUUCUCCGAGGUACUGGACGCAUCAGAGAGGAAAAUGAAAACCGAAGGAACGCUUCUCAACACAGCAGCCAAACUUGAAGGGUAUGGUGCGACCUCAACUUCAGAGGACGAUUUGCAGCAGCUAACAAGGGCUGAGAAGUGGGCAAUGAAACGGCACGUUGGUCAGUGGAGAAACGCUUGCGCAUCGGCAGGUUCGUUCAUGAUUCCUUUUCUGUCAUACAAGUGUCCUUCAUGAUCUGCCUUAGUCUUUUUGUUGUUCUCCAGCACAAUCGCAUUUUCAAAUCUCAAUUUUAGAAUCAAAUAAUCUGCUGGACCAUAGGAGACGCAGGUCCACUGUGCAACGCCUACGUCAUGUGUGGAGACGGUUUGUAUGUUGUGGAGUGCCGCACGUCGAGGGAUAA